UCUAUGCUUUUAUCGAAGGAGAAGAAUUAAAAGAUAGCAAAGAGAGAUAUAAAAUGAAAGCCGCAGCAAAAAAACAUGCACAAUUGUUUCACAAAGAGAUUGAGAAAUAUAAUCAAAGGGUUGAAAAAGUGGCAAUUAAAAAAGACCAGGUUGAUAAAGCAUUUUUAACUUCGAAUACAUCAUUUAUCGCAAAGUAUGAACUGUUAUUAAAUUUGGAAGAUAAAGAAACUAAAGAAUGUUUAAUUGUUGAAAUAUUCAAAGAAUUUAAAGUAUUGAUUCGUGGAAAUGGAUUGAAAAUUCUAAACACUGAAAAACCGGAUAAUUUGAUUUUAGUGCUUGUA